AAAACACUCAGAAUUUAAGAAAAAGCCAGUGACCUUUGCGCCGAGCACUCUCAUCAACCAAAUGAUAUUGGCUUUGCCAAGCAGCAGCAAGCAGGAAGAUUUUACAAUAACACAUUCAAACCCAAAGCAAAUUAUAACAAAGAGCUGUCUAACAACAUACACAUUUUAUACAACAUACCUUCAUAAUGGUAACACCACAGUUAGAAGUACGGAAAAGGUUAUAUCUAAUCGCCACACGGAGAAGCUUGAUUACAUGCCUUCUCUUUUGAACACACCCGAGCUUGUGGUUGGCAUAUUUCCAACCACGUAUCAUUACUACAACAUAAUCAGCAACACCAGCAAUGAUAUCGAUAUUGUCUAUACAUCUAGUUAUACAGUGAUAAAUACAGUUACUGGACCUGAGGAUUACAUAUCAUACUUGCAGUCAUCGGAGGAAGCGACACCCUUACAGGACACAAACACAUACUACAGUCGAGUAACUCUAAGAAACUCCAUGCAGGAUCAUAAACUGAUCUUGACCGAUGAGAAUAUUUUAACCCAGGUGAUAAUCACUGAAUCAAUCCCACCUCGAGGAGAAACAAAUAUUGUUAUUUAUGCGACAAAUACAUUUUUAACAACCGUCACGGAUUUGGUGUCAGGACCGGAUACAGAUCCGGCUUCAGGCGCCAAUCCGAUUCUUCAAUCCCAAUACAAUAAUGAAGUCAAGACAAUAAAUAACAAAUUUAAACCAUCCAUAGAAACAGUAAUAACAAAUGUUUUGUCAACCACAAGUCACAACUCGUUUUUGGUUUCGGGGCUUGGAUGUGUUAAUAACAAAAAAAAGGAAAAAGUUGAAAAAAUUAUAUGUUCAUCACUAGAAGGACAGUCGUUUCAAAAAGAUAGUUCGUUGAUUGAAUCUAUGAUAUAUCCAAAUGACACUAAAAAUAAUACAACAAAGUUAAUUGUUCGAACUAGACCCAAUUUACACAAUAAAUUUGCGGAAUACGUAUAUAACGCAACAAAUUCAAAUAUUAAAGAUGAGGAAACUACGAACAAUUAUAAUUAUACUCGAACAAGACCUUUACAAGAUGUACAAUCAUCUUCAAGCAUUGAUGAAUUAAUUGGUUCAUUGAACUUGCAACGAAUACGGCCCGUUUUAAAUGUAAUGGCCGACUUGCUGCAUAAGAAUAUUAUAAACAGACACAUAGAUCAACCAAUGUUGGCUCCAAGCUCAAGCUCCAGCAGUGAAAAGAAAAAGAAUCAAGCAAAUGCAACAAGGAAUGUUCCCAUGCUAAAUGUAACAAGGAAUAUUGAAAUGCAGCCAAUUUACAUCCCUGUCCAGAUGGCAGAUGAACUGCAUUACAAUCGAAACACUGAAGAGAAUACAAAUAAAUCUGCUUCCCACUCUGAUAGCUUAAUGGAAGCAAGUCUACACACUAAAAUACCAGAAGUAGUUUUCAGUAAUAACUGGCUGAAUACUCCUACCAAACACAACGAUUUUGCGAUUUUCGAGUAUCGCAAGCAUUACGAUAAUAUGAUUCAUGAAUAUCGUAACCUUAGUCAAUAUAUUCAAUCACCAGCAACACCUGGCAAUCAGCAUCAACAAUCUAUAUUAGACAACGGUAUUGCCAUUAGACCUGGCGAAAUUAUAAAUGCAAAUGCCGAUGUUAUUAUUGGUAAGCCAAAUGGCAUUGAUGCAUCUUUUAUUGGCUAUCGUUCAAGCAUUGACAUGGCUGAGCGCAAUAUUGGUAUGCAAACAUCUUCAAAAAUGAAAGCCUGGGCGCCGUCUACAAUUCCGAUUUCACCUCCACGCAUUAUAGAGAAUAGAGCUGCACCACGCAUUGUCGGUUACACCGCAUAUAACAUAAUUCAUGUCAAUAGUCGUCCCACACGAAUUUCGAAUUCAUAUCCCAAGUACAUCACACCAUCGUCAUAUUUACUGCAAUCAUUUCCAGGAGGACUCGAACCAUCUACAACAUAUCUUAGUCUCAAUAAGCACAAUAAUAUUUACGGCUCGGAACAUCAAAUUAGCAAUAUUAACUCGCAACUAUAUAACAAUGAAAUAGUAGAAAUCAUGCAAGUACCUCAAAUAUUCAGUACUAGAUAUCCGGCAACUAUCAGAUAUCCAUUAUCAUUUGGAAGCCAACCAUUCCGGUCUAAGUACAUGCCUAAAUCGUCAAGGGUGAUACAUCCAUCCAUUGUACCUGCCUUUUCCGCUCAUCAACUCAUCAGUUUUCAGUCAAAUGUUUUGAGCCAUAAUAUUAACAUGAACGUAUCGCCCUUAACUUUUAAUAAAGAUCAUUUGAACGAUUACCCAGUAAUUACUGAUGUUAAAGGAGGCCAACGCUUUAGCGCCUUACCGCAAAUGUCCUUGAUUCAGAUACCCCCUCACAAAUCUCGCGUCGAUGUGCAACUAACUCCACAACGUACUCAAUUAUAUCAAGAAGCUCUUGAGUUUUACAAAACUAUUCAGCCCACAACGUUCAAGCAACGUACUCAAUAUAUAUCUCAAGUUUUCAAUAAUAUCAUUGAUAGAAAUUUAAUCAGUUUCAAUGUGAACAAAAUUAACAAUACAUUAAAUUCAUCAAGAGUAGAAAAAACGCAAUCUGUUGCAAAUAAGCAAAGCAAAAACGUUAUCAAUUGGAUAGAUUCAAAUUCCAUAGCGACCAAUAAACAAUUUGUAUAUGUAAUACCAAAAAAUCGAACGAUUGCAAUAAACAAACAUCCAAAUAUGUCAAAAUGGAAUAGUAGUAGUAUUUCAGAUUCUAAUCAACUACUAUCUGCAAAAAAAAAUGCAAAUAUUUUAGGUUCGUCUAUAGAUCCAUUGGAAUUUUCAACUGCAAAAGAUUUAGGAUUUUCCAUUUAUAAUCUAAAGAACAAAAACACACCAUCUAUGACAAAUAUUUCAAACAUUUUGUAUUUGGCGACUGGCGAUGGCUUUCAUAACAACCAAUCAUUUACGUCCGAUAUAAUUUCGUCUUUUGCUCCUGCUACUCGAACUGCAGCAAUGCAAAGUAUUUGGGGUUACCAAUCGCAUAUUGCAAAUUCUUCAAUUCUGCCAUCACCAUUAACACUUCAACUUACUAGCUUAAUAAUGAUUCCAUCUAAAAUUAAAAAUCAACUCAAUUCUAAUCUGAAUAUUCGUCCAGAGAAUACAUUGUUUAGGAAAAAUUCUUUACGAUUUGAAAAGAAACAUUAUGGAUCUACGACCAGCUUAGAUAUCUGGCCAAAUAGUACACAGAAUAUACGAAUGAGCGAACCUAUAACAAAAUCGAGCGUUGAACAAUCAUCAUCUAUUUACAAGAAACCCAUUAAAGGACAAACAAAACACAAACCCUUUCUAACAAUCACUGAAUUUAAAAAAACCAUUAAAGAAAUUCCAAUAUUAUUGACUUGGAGUACAACAACGGGUACAACCACCGAUAUGAUUUCCAAUAAAAUCACACCGACGUCUUCCUAUAAUGUAUUGGCCAUUGAAAAUAGAAAUACAAGUAGAUCAAUAAGGCAAUCAAAAACCAAGGCAUCUGUGUCCAUUGAACCAUUUUUAUCGUCCACGAAAUCGAGGAUUAACAUUAAUGAUUAUAUAGAUAUUAAUUCUAACGCAAUUUCUAUAAAUCACAGUGGUAAUAUUAGUAAUCACUCAGAUAUCUUUUUGGAAUCGUCAGAGGUAAUGUUAUUUACAGGAAUAAAAAAGAACUAUGUCGCAGAUCGACUUAACACAUACUAUUCAGAAAAGAAAGUCUAUCGAAAUAAGUCAUCAGCUAGUGAAAGAGAAUCUACGACGACUACCAUAAAACAAUUGUCCAUAUUUCGAACUGCUGAACUAAACUUUCCCUUGAACACAGAUAAUACUCAUGAUAAUGGAAUUGUAAAGCCAUCGACAUUAUCACUGGAAUCUUCCUUUAUUCCCAAUGCAAUCACUCGCAAUAAGGAAUACAUUUAUUCAAAGAACACAUCGCAUUCCAGUUCUAUGAAUUAUGAUAAAACUUCAAUGGAAUCGUCAGCUAAAAAUACCCAUGAAAAUGUUUUAAAAAACGUAUUGGCCAAGACAUCUUUGAUAAAUAUGGAAAAUAUCGGAUCUUCCAAUCGUCCGAACACCUUAGUUACUACAGACUAUCCAAAUAAAGUCAAUGACGUCGAUAUUAAUGAAGAUUCAAAUACAUUCUUCGAGGAAGAGACUGAAUCACACAUUCAUUUAAAUAAUAUAUUGUUAGGCGGUGUCCUUAUAGCCAUGCCGUCUAAAUUUUCAAAGGAGUCAAAUUUAAAAACCUUAAAUAAUUGCAAUCCAUCUUGCAAGUCAUCUAAGAACGAAAUAUGUUCAGCAAUAUCGGGCCAUGGAAAUCGCUGCGAAUGUCGACUUGGGUUUGUCCGAAUCUUUCCAGAUCGGCCAUGCAAGCCCACAUACACUCAUGAAUUGCAUAUACCGACAAACAGAAUUGGAAGUUAUAUACUUAAUUUCAACCAGGAAUUUUUAAACGCAUCAUCAAAUCAAUUUCGAUAUUUAAGCUCGAUAAUACUCGAUGCUAUUGAUCGCAUGAUAAUGCAGUCUGAUUUGCGAGAUGAAUAUUAUGGCGUCCGUUUGAAAAAAUUCUCUGCCUCAACUAAUGAUGGUAUUAUAGCACAACUUUUAUUGCAGUUGUCUGAAAAUAGAGACGAAAAACAUAUUGAAGCAGUUUUAAAAAAAAACUUGCGUCUGAGUAACUAUAGCAUAGGUGGAACGGAUUUGCAUAUGCCCAAGGACAGUAUAAAUUCCCUCACUAUACAAGAUUUCAACGAGUGUAAACAUAAAACUUUCAAUGAUUGUUCAAUGAAUGCAACGUGCUUUAAUUUGGUGGGCAGUUAUACUUGUGUCUGCCGCGAUGGUUAUGCCGAUGAAUCGGAAAACACAAACUAUCCUGGACGCAAAUGUUCUGACAAAGUGAUUGGGUGUAAUAAGUGUAAUUAUCAUGGAAUUUGCAUAACACCAAACUUAAGUGAAAUUUCCAUUUGUGAAUGUUUUGGCUGGUAUACGGGCUCGACGUGUCAAUUAAAUUUAAAAAUACUGUUAAUCUCCCUUAUUGUCAUGAUUACAGUGAUUGUUGUCUUAAUAGCUUGCUUGCUUUUCAAUUAUGCGAAAAUAAAAGUGCCUAAUAGGGGUAACCUUAAGACUCCAUCUGAUUAUAAUCAUCCGUACAUAAUGACAUCGUCUCGUAAACUACAAUCAGAUGCCUUACCAUGGAAGCAACGCAGUAACGAGAGGCAGGCAAUUCUCAUUGACUCAAAUAGUGAAUGCAGCCACUAUUCCGCAUCAUCACAUACAAAAAACAAAAAAAAUAUCGCCAAACGACAAAGAAGGAGUCCCAUCGUCGGCAAUAACCACAAUAUUGAUUUACAUGGUUCUCAAAUAGAUGAUACAAAAGCAUCACAAAGAAAUUAUUCUCAAACGGUUAUGAUUCCAAGGGCAAAGUAUUCUCAUCCCAACGCCUUGCCACAUACACAUUUAAUGCAACAAUCGGCAGUAGCAGAGGUUGAAAAAACAUCUCUAGGGAGCAGUAAUAAAAACGUCAUUGAACUGUCUCUCGAUAAUGGUGCCUUAGUGUCUGCUGGUUUUGAGGUUUCGGCGAUUGUAAGCGACCAAGGCGUUGACUCAAACAGACUGGCACAUCAAUUCACUGAGAAUGAAUACGAAAAGACACCAUCGCAUCUUUCAAAAGUACAGAAAACUUCGGAGCAUAUUGCAAAGCCAAGCGUGGCAACAAUUGAUUGCUCUUCAGGACAGAUUCAAACGAUGGAUACUUGGAUGAAUAACAUUCACACCCAUGUCUUAUCGUCUGAUGUAAGGUCUUUUGAUGAAACAAUGGUUCAAGUUGUAAGAAAGACUAUGUAUCAAUCUUUUGAUAUGCAAACCCAAAGCCAUACAAAUGAGGAACUGAACAUAAUGACUGAGCGUGAUCUGGGAUCAACAUUUUUAUUGCCACAUACACACCUUUACAUGCCUGAAAAGAUUGAAAGCGACAUGUCUGGCUUUGAAUCAAUAUAAAAUGCAUCUACUUAAGAAAUAUCCGCCAAAAAGUGAGAAAUAGGAAUACGUACCCUUGUUUUGUACCUCAGAGAUGCUUUCCACAUAUGAUAAAUCUGUUGUUAUAAGUUUUUGUAAUGCAUUUUUUUUACUUCGUGUAUGUCAUAGUUAUUUUUAUAAUAGUCACUCCAAAUCUGAUAGUCUGAUCGUCCAUCCGGCACAAGUUUAAACUGUAAUUUAGUCUAGUCUCACUAUAUUUACAAUAAAAAUGAAUCUAUGUUUAAUAACUUAGUUUAGGCCGGAUACAAAAUUUGUAAGUUAUUUAACAGUAAAUUAAAUUAAUAAAUUACUUGUCACAAAGGUAUUCAGUCGCGAUUAUUUUAUUGUUGUUCUUUUCUGGGACUAGUACUCGUAUUGCCAUCAAAAUAAUACUUUUUUUUUGCUAAUAUUACACAAAUUUAUCAUACAAAAAGACAGUAUAAAAAAAAAAAAAAACAUGCUAAAGUAAAAAAUAAAAUGUAUCACGAUUAUGUAAUGCCAAAUUGAAAGUAUAAAGUAAAGAAGAAUGAAAGUAUAGAAAAGAAAAAUUACCAUUCUACAUCAUUUUUGAACAUAUUAUUAUUUUAAAAAGGCUAAAAAAUCCAAACAGAAUCCAGAGAGCAUAAUCUUAAACCAAGAUCAAAUUUGAUAUAGUAUAUAUACAAUUU